CGGAAAAUAUUAUAUUUCCCCUUUCUGUGUUAAUAUCAAUAAAAUGAAACUGAUCACCGGUAUCCCGCCGAUCAUCGUCGCCCUAUGGUUCCUGAUUAUGAGCGACCUGGCACACAGCAAGAGGCUAUUGAUCAUUACCCCGGCUCCGUCCUAUAGUCAUCAGAUAGUAUUUCGGGCACUGUGUCUCGCUUUGCAUAAACGGGGACAUGAGAUAGUAGUAUUGACUCCCAACAUCCUAAACGAUCCUACGUUGGCCAACUACACGGAGAUAGAUUUUGGCUUCGAAUACGAGAAGAUCGACGACACCGACUUCAGUCAGAUCCGUUGGAACCUCACGCAGCUAGGCGGCCUGAAGACGAGAUUGCUGAGACUGGGUCACGAUAUCGCGGAGGAUGUUCUUAGUCAUCCCGAUCUCGUCAAGCAUUAUGCGAACGGGACCGGCGCGCAAUUCGACGCGGUAAUAGCGGAGAUGAUCAUGACUCCCGCGAUCUACAUGUUGGCGCACAGAUUCAACGUCCCAUUAAUAGGUAUCAUGUCCAUGGAUCUGCAAAACUGCCAUCGCUUCAAUCUCGGCAGCCCUGUGAUGCCGUCGCAUCCCUCCAACUGGGAGAUCGAGAACCUCACGGGGCUGCACUUGCCGUUUUGGAGGCGACUGAUAAAUUUCGUCAAGACUUGGUGGAACAUAUAUUCGUGGUUCAAUAAUUUCGCGAACAAGCAACAGGAGAUCGCCGAGAAAUAUUUCGGCAAGGAUAUACCGCAUAUCGUCGACCUUGCGAAGAACAUGAGCCUCAUCCUGAUCGAUCAAGAGCCAUUGCUCGCGUACGCGAGACCCGAGAUCCCGAAUGUCGUUCACUUCAGUGGUCUGCACAUCAUGAAGUCACCGCCGGUGUUAUCAAAAGAUCUGAAGAAUUUCUUGGACGGCGCAACGAACGGUUUCGUUUACAUGAGCUUGGGAACAAACGUGAAGAGCAAUUUAUUGCCGAAGGGAAUGCUGCAAACAUUUACCAAUGCCUUCGCCAGCUUGCCGUACAGGGUGCUGUGGAAAUUCGAGGACGACAACCUCGAGACGCCGCCUAACGUUUUUAUCUCAAAGUGGAUCCCACAACAAGGAGUAUUGGCUCAUCCGAACAUUAAAGUCUUCAUUUAUCAAGGCGGAUUACAGAGCACCGAAGAAGCGGUUCACUACGCUGUGCCGCUCAUAGGAAUACCAUUUGUUUUCGAUCAGGUGUAUCAAGUUAUAAAAAUGGUCUCGCUGGGUGUCGCCAAACAUUUGGAUAUAAUAGAACUUACGACGUCGGAACUGCGCGACACCGUGUUAGAAAUCGCCAGCGAUAAGAGAUACAAAGAUAAGAUGUUGGCGCUACGUGCCCUCACAAAGGACAAGCCUUACGAUAGUUUGGAGAACGUCAUAUGGUGGAUAGAGUACGUAAUGCGUCACAAUGGUGCGCCCCAUCUGCGUUUCAACGGAGUCGAUACCGCAUGGUAUAGGCAAUUUGAUUUCGAUAUCAUCGUGUUCCUAGCGAUAGCAUCGUUUCUGUCUCUCUGCGCUCUCUUAGGCGUCUUGAUGCAAGUGUCGAGAUUAUUGUACAAGUAUCACGACAGAAUAUCGUUCGCAAAGAAAAAAAUGAAAUUGAUGUGAAACAUUUUUUGCAAAUUAGUGGAAAAGAAUCGACAAAUUGUUGUUGCGUUCAUCUUAUCUAUCG